AUGGCGGAUACGGCAGAGAGUGGCAAGGCCAAGGAGAAGUCCGAGCAGAAGACGGAGGUGCUCUUCGAGGACGUGCUGGAGCGGUGUUGCGGCACCGGCCGCUGGCAAACGCUGCUCAUCGGGUACUUGUCAGUCUUGUGGCUGCUCUUCCCCGCCUUUUCCAUGUCCAUGAUGUUCGUCGGCGCCACGCCCAAGUUUAGAUGCGCCGACGGCUUCGCCGCCAAUGCCACUUUCGCCUCGCUGCCGUCCGAUACGCCGCGCUGCCACGCGGCCAACUCGACGGCCGCCUGUCAGCGCUGGGCGUUCGACCCGUCCGUGUACGUGUCGACGGUGGUGACCGAGUGGACGCUGGUGUGCGGCCGCAAGCCGCUGCUCUCACUGCUGCAAUCGUGGCUGAUGAUCGGCGCCCUGUUCGGCUCGGUGGUGAGCGGCCACUUCGCGGCCGUGCGCUUCCUGACGGGCGUCGCCAUGUCGGCCAUGAUCAGCAGCCAGUACGUGCUGAUGAUGGAGCUGUCCAGCAGCGAGCGGCGCGCCGCGAUCGGUAUCGUCUCAAUCAUGCCAUUCGCCUUUGGCACCUGUCUCGUCGCGCUCGGCUCGUACCUAAUCCGCACGAGAUGGCUGCUCCAGCUGGCGUACGCCGUGCCGUGUCUUAUCUUCCUGUUCAACUUCUGGCUGAUGCCCGAGUCGCCCCGCUGGCUGGUGCUGCAGGGCCGGUUCCCGGAGGCGUGUGCCGUGCUGCGCCGGGAGGAGGAGGUGCUGCAGCUGAUGGCGGAGGCGCGGAACAACAUGCUGUCCCGCCAGACCACUACGAAGACCACCGACGGCCACAGUCCGCUGCAAAUGAUGCUGCAGCUGGUCCGGACGCCGCACAUGCGCCGCCGAACACUCAUCGCCGUCUUUCUCGGCUUCAUCAUCGCCGGUUCCUACUUCGCUGGCCGGCGCGAGUGGGUGCCGCCCCUCUCGCCGUUCGUGGUUGACUUGGUGACGUGA